AUGAGCAGCAGCAGCAGCAGCAGCCGUAGCAGCAGCACAGCCCCUCACAGCAGCAGCAGCAGCACAUCCCUUUGCAGCAGCAGCAGCAGCACAGCUCUUCGCAGCAGCACCACCACCACCACCAGUACCAUCACCACAACCAGCACACCCCCCCGCAGCAGCAGCAGCAGCAGCAGCAGCAGCACAGCCCCUCGCAGCAGCAGCAGCAGCACAUCCCUUUGCAGCAGCAGCAGCAGCAGCACAGCUCCUCGCAGCAGCACCACCACCACCACCAGUACCAUCACCACAACCAGCACCCCCCCCCGGAGCCGCAGCAGCAGCAGUAGCAGUAGCAGCAGCAGCAGCAGCAGCAGCGGCAGCAGCAGCAGCACGGACCGGCCUGGAGAAAGGGGGGCAGCAUGA